UAAAUUUAAUCGAUUUAAUCGCACACAUCGCACACGCACAUACCGAUGAUAAUCAUCACAGUAAACACAAGCGCCAGAGAUAAAUAUUUUUAUUUACAAACAAUAAUGAGCGUGAACGUUCGAGGAAAAUGCAACUCUUGCUGUGUACCAGGAUGUCAUUCCAAUACAACGCCUUCGUUUCGUAAUCGAGGAGGACGUAUCACCACAUUUAAACUGCCAAGAGAUGAGGCACGGCGUAAAGAAUGGAUCCAAGCGAUACCGAAGCGUAAAUAUCCACCAACAGUCAACCAUAAUGUGUGCAUCCUUCACUUCAACGAGGAGGACUUCUCUCGCAACAAUCGACGCAUUGAUCUAAAGAAAUCGGCAGUUCCAUCCAUAUUUCCGUUUGUGGAUGGUCAGACGAUGGACGAAAGUAGCGAUCUUUGCGAUGAGGUUUGGACGGAAUAUGUCGCACAUAAAAAGGAUGCUGUGAGCAGGACAUUGGACGGCAAUGUUGAAAAUGACAUUUCCACUUCAGCAUCAGACAUAGCUCGCAUUUUAAUUGAACGACUUCGUAUACCCGGCUCAAUGAACUUCGGAAUCGGCACUUCGGAGAUUUCUCUCCAACCGGACUCGGACAUUGAAUCCGAUACCUGCGAACCGAAAACAACAGCUGAGCAAAAACCAUCAAGAAAGAGAAUUCGAAAAUCAAUCAAAUCUGACGAUGAAGAAGGUGCUACCAGUGAUGAAUUCAACUUUGAUGGUAUCGACGCGACGUACUCUCCACUGGUUAGUGAAGACAAUAGCCGUAAACCGGUUGAAGUUAGUUGUAGCGAAUCAGUAGCCCCCGUUUCUGACAAUGAAGACAAAUUUGGUGCCAUGGUGAGCUCAAAGUUACUACUCAUGUCGCCGCUACAAAGACUGAUGUCGGAAAAGAUCAUAUCGGAAAUACUGCUCAAGGGUCAACUGGGGAUGUUAAAGAGUUCGUUCAGUCCAGUACUGGUUAAGGGUUACAUGAAAAAUGAUGCUGACACUACAGGGAGCACUUUCGCAACGACUGACUGUCUAUCACCGAUGUGUGAACACAGCAACGACAAAGACAGUGUCGACGAUUGUGAUCCGUUGAUGCCCAAAGUGGAACAAGAUAGAGUGCAAAACACAAAACCAUUUGAGUUUGUAAAGAACGAAUGUUGUUGGCCGGAUGAUGACGAAUUUUGAGGAAAAUAAAACGUUUCUGCCAAGUGAUUCUGC